UUUGAUGCUUGUAUCAUGCUUUUCUCUCCGAAAAUUUGGCAAAAUCAAGUACAUAGAUAUCGAAUUUUGCAUCUUUUACUAUGUUAUAUGAUAUGUGGUGUACGUAUCAAAUGGGAAAUGGCUAUGCGGGUCAGUUGAACACUUUAAAAAUCAUCUAAAGUUUACAAUUGUUUUUGUGUCUGUGCACAAACAACUUGUGUUAUUUGAGGCACGCAACAACAACUUGUUAUAACGUUCAAUCAUCCAUAUUGACAUAUUACUAGAAUGGGAACAAUUUCAUGAAAAACUCCUUUCUGCGGUAUUUGUCAAAUUCAAGUAUUUCUUUAUUAUAAAAAAUCAAAAAUAUAUAUAAAUUAUGGCAUCAAGACUUGAUCGGUUAUUUAUUUUACUUGAAACUGGUACGAAUCCAGUCACUAAAAAAGCUGCUGCUCAACAAUUAGGUGAAGCGCAACGGCUUCAUCCACAUGAAUUACAUCAUUUAUUAGCGAGAGUAUCAACUCUAUUGAAAUCACCACAAUGGGGUACCAGAGUAUCAGCAGCUCAAGCUAUACAAGCCAUACUAUCGCAAGUCCCCGUAUGGGAUCCUAAACCUAUUAAAAAAGAAUUAUCAAAUGAUGAAAAAAUUCAAGAUUAUGAGUAUCUCAAAAAUAAAUUAACAUUUCAAGAUUUUGAUAUGGAUCAAAUUCUUGCUAAAAGUUCACAUUUAACUGGAUCAGAAGGUAGUGAAUAUGAUUUAGUAAUUGCUGAACAUGAACACCAACAACAACAACAACAACAACAACAACAACAAUCUACUAAUUCUCAAGAUAAUAAAUUUUUAACAACCAAUUUAGGAUUUGAUCCACGUUUAAUGAAUGUCAAUACUUCAGAUCUUUUUACUACUGAAGAUUUAGCACCUAUUCAAUUAUCAUCUAAUCAAUCAACUAAAAUUUCACUCAAUGAAAUCCUUCGACAGUCAAGUGGCCUAAGUAGACGUGAAAUUAAUCGUGCUAAACGUAAAGCACGACAAUCAAUAUCAAAACAACGUUCACGUGAACCAGAUGAACAAUCUGAUAGUACAGAAUCUCUUAAUAAAAAAAUCAAAUUGGAGGACGUAGUCUCGACUGAUUCAACAACAACAACUACUACUACUACUACAACUACUACUACUAUCACGAUGAUGACAACAACAACAACUAAUUGUGAUGUUAAAAGUAAUGAAAAAAAAGAUGAAAUAAAUAUUUCUGGUGGUGCAGUACCUGAUGGAACCGGCAAUUGGCCUGACACUAUUUUAGAUUGGCCACUUGAAUCAUUUGGUGAAAAUCUUUGUCAAGAUUUAUUUAGUCAAAAAUGGGAAAUUCGACAUGGUGCUGCAACAGCACUUCGUGAACUUGUACGCCUUCAUGGUAAAAGUGCGGGUAAAUCACGUAAUCAAACUAUUGAAGAAAUGAAUGAAAGCCAUCGUCGGUGGAUAAUAGAUGCAUCAUUACGAUUACUAUGUGUAUUGGCACUCGAUAGAUUUGGUGAUUUUGUUUCAGAUCAAGUUGUUGCACCAGUACGUGAAACUUGUGCUCAAGCAUUAGGUUCUUUAGUACUUUUAAUAACUAAUAAUGAUGAUAUUAUUAAUAUUCUCAAGAUACUUUUAAAAUUAUUACAAUAUGAUGAAUGGGAAGCGCGACAUGGAGCUUUAUUAGCUUUAAAAUAUUUAUUUGCCGUUAGAGAUGAUUUAUUAGAUCAAAUACUCCCUCAUGCUUUUCAUGCUGUUAUUAAAGGACUAUCAGAUCCUGUUGAUGAUGUUGGUGCAGCAGCAGCUAGUGCACUUAUACCAGUUGCUUCAGCAUUACCACGUUUAUUAAAAUCAUCUGAACUUGAAGCUAUUAUUACUCGUCUUUGGGAACUUCUUCGUAAUCAAGAUGACCUUGCUGCUGCUUGUAAUAGUUUUAUGGGUCUUCUUGCGGCUAUACUUUCACUACCGACGGCACGGGCUUCUCUUUCACCACAACCAUUAUCACAAGUAUUACCACGACUAUGGCCAUUUCUUAGUCACGUUAGUUCAAGUGUUAGAAAAGCUACUUUACAAACUUUAGAAACAUUAACUGGUAAGGAUACCGAUUUUCAAAUUAAAUGUAAAGAAAGAUGGGGUGAAGAAGGCUGUUUUAUCCUUCAAGAAGCACUAAGACAUGUCUUUCAACGUGCUUUAAUUGAACAUGAACCCCUUAUUCAACAAAUAACAGAAAAUGUUUGGGAAAAUCUUGUUAUUUAUAGUGAUUUAGAAUUAUUACUUCAUGCUGUAUGCCCACUUGUUAGUACUUGGCUUUGUUUAGCUAUGCAACCAGAUCAUGCACCAUUUAAUCCUGCUUUAUUAAUUAAUUAUAAUAAUAUUACUAAUUCAUCAAAUUUAACGAAAAUUAGUGGACAUUCUGAAUUAAAAGUUUACAUUGGUGGUGUUGAAACAGUGCCACAAAAUAUACGUUUAUUAAAUACUAUACGUGCAAGAAUUAUGGCCACACGAAUGCUUGGUCUCCUAUCACGUUAUGUUGUUAAACCAGCACCAGGUGUUAUUUAUACUCCAGAUAUUCCAAGUCCAGCAUUAUGUUAUGCUAGAGUAUUAUUAGCUCAUCUUACAUCACGUUCAUCACUUCAAAGAACUGUCGUUGGAUUAACAAUAGCACAUUGGGCGGCACUUGAACAACCAAAUCCACCAAAAAUACCAGAUAUAUUGAAGGAUAAACUUUUAGGAUGUUUAUCUGAAUGUAUUUAUUAUGAUGAAAUUGCCGGUGCUUUUACAAGAUUAUUACAUGACAGUAACGAUUACAUUGCCACUCUAAAACAUUAUAAACUUGCACUACCAAUUGAUAUUGAAUCAAAUACUGCUGUUAUGACAUUAGAUCAAAUUACAACACUUUCAAGUAAAUCUGUUACAGAAUUACCAUUAUUGAAUAAUAAUUCUAAUACAACUGGUAAUAUUGCAUUGAAUAAAUUAAAACCAAAAUUAAUAACUAGCCUUGAAGAACGUAGAAAAGCUUUAGAAAUUGGAGCAUCAAAUACAGCUACUCAACAAUUAGCUUUAAAUGUCAUGUCUAUGGCAGCAUUAGCUGGUGCAGCAACAAUGCUACAUUGUUUACCAGAACCACCACAACCAUUAAAUCCUUUGGUUAAACCAUUAAUGGAAGCUAUUAAGCGUGAAGAAGAUGAUGAUUUACAAAAACUUGCUGCUAAACAUUUAGCUCACUUAAUUCAUCUUUGUACUGAUAGAAAACCAUCACCAAAUAAUAAAAUAACUACCAAUUUAUGUACUUUUUUAUGUUCUGAUAUUGAAUUUACACCACGUGUCACUCAACAAGAUACUGAUCCUUAUGAUGGUAUAUUAACAUUAAAUAAUAGACAAAAACAUGCUGAAAGAAUUGCUUAUAAUAGAGGUACUGGUUUAAGUGGAGGUACAAGUAGUGGAAGAGGGCCUGGUAGGCCACCAGCUACAGAAAUACCAUUAGAUGAAUUAUUAGCAUAUGAAGAACCGGAAGCUAAAGCUGCAAAAAAUCGUCGUCGUGGUGCCACUUAUGCAUUAACAGCUAUAGCUCAUUUAAUUGGAUCUCAAUUACCAACACGACUACCUCAUCUUUGGAAUAUCAUAACUAUGAAUGAUAUUGAAAUUGACAAUAAUAAAGUUGAUUCAAUUGAACAAGUUAAUAAUUUGAUUUAUAAUUUACAAGUUUUAGAAAUAAUGGCACCUAAUCUUGAUAAAUUAUUAUUAUCACCAAUUAUUGAAUUUGUACCAAAAUUAUGUCAACUUUUAGCACAUUCAUAUAAAGCUGUUAGACAUAUGGCAUCACGAUGUAUAGCUGCUUUAGCUGUUAUUGAUACUGAAAAUAUCAUGAAACAUGUCGUUAAAUUUGUUAUACCAUUAUUAGAAAUUUGUAAUACUGAAUCUGGUAAUUCAAAAAAUAAUUUACCAACACCUGGUGAAGGCGAAAUACGUCGUCAAGGAGCAUCAGAAGCCUUAGCAUGUAUUGUUGAAAACCUUGGUGUUAAUGUUGUACCUUAUGCUGUUCUUUUUAUGAUUAGAUUACUUGGAAGAAUGUCUGAUCAAAAUCAAGCUGUAAGACUUAUUUCUAAUUCAACAUUUGCCAUGCUUGUUCAAUUACUACCAUUGGAUCCAGGAUUAAUAGUUGAUUCUCAUCUUAUUGAUGAAAAAAUACAAGAAAGACGUUUUCUUGAACAACUACUUAAUCCCCGCAGUAUUCCCGAUACCAAAUUAACUAUUAAAGUAUCUGCUCAACUUCGAUCUUAUCAACAACAAGGGCUUAAUUGGCUUGAUUUUCUUAAUCGUUAUAAAUUACAUGGAGUACUUUGCGAUGAUAUGGGUUUAGGUAAAACAUUACAAACUUUAUGUAUUAUUGCUCUUGAUCAUCAUCGUAAUUCGGAAUCACCACCAAGUCUUGUUGUAUGUCCAUUAACAUUAACAGGACAUUGGAUUUAUGAAGCUGAAAAAUUUUUUGAUAAAGAAGAUCUUCCAGUAAUGCAAUAUGCUGGUACUCCAUUUGAUCGUGAAAAACUUCGAACACGUGUAUCUCAAUAUCGUUUAAUAAUAGCAAGUUAUGAUAUUUUAAGGAAGGAUCUUGAAUUUUUUGAAACAAUUCAAUGGAAUUAUUGUGUUCUUGAUGAAGGUCACAUUAUUAAAAAUGGAAAAACUAAAAAUGCUAAAGCAGCAAAACGAUUACAUGCAUAUCAUCGUUUAAUACUCUCUGGUACACCUGUACAAAAUGAUGUUCUCGAAUUGUGGUCAUUAUUUGAUUUUUUAAUGCCUGGCUUCUUAGGUAGUGAAAAACAAUUUGCUGCUAAAUAUUCAAGGCCUAUUCUUGCCUGUCGUGAAUCUAAAGCUGGACAAAAAGAACAAGAAGCCGGUGCACUUGCUAUGGAAAGUCUUCAUCGACAAGUAUUACCAUUUCUAUUACGGCGUAAUAAAGAAGAUGUCCUCAGCGAUCUACCUCCAAAAAUUACUCAAGAUUAUUAUUGUGAAUUGUCACCAUUACAAAAAACUCUUUAUGAAGAUUUCCAAAAACGUCAUGCAGCACUUUUAACAAAUAUUACUUUACCAUUAUCAUCUGAUAAUACUAAACGUGGUCAUGGAUUUGAAACUCUUCAUUAUUUAAGAAAUGUCUGUAAUCAUCCAAAACUUGUUUUAGGCCCACGUCAUCCACUAUAUCAAAGUAUUUGUCAAAUGCACACUAAUUUAUCUGAUAUAGAACAUAGUGCUAAAUUACCAGCAUUAAAACAAUUACUUUUAGAUUGUGGUAUUGGCCAACCACAACAACAAUUGCAACAAAAAGUAGCUACUUGUACAUUAAUUGAUAAUCAACAACUUGUCAGUCAACAUCGUGCUCUUAUAUUUUGUCAGCUUAAAGCUAUGUUAGACAUUGUAGAAAAAGAUCUUUUAAGUGUUCAUCUACCUACUGUUACUUAUCUUCGAUUAGACGGUAGUGUUCCAUCAUUAGAAAGACAUGGCAUUGUAUCACGUUUUAAUACUGAUCCCUCUAUUGAUGUUCUGUUACUUACAACUCAAGUUGGAGGUGUUGGAUUAAAUUUAACUGGUGCUGAUACUGUCAUAUUUAUUGAACAUGAUUGGAAUCCGAUGAAAGAUCUUCAAGCUAUGGAUCGAGCUCAUAGAAUUGGACAAAAAAAAGUUGUUAAUGUUUAUCGACUUAUUACAAGAGGUACUUUAGAAGAAAAAAUUAUGGAUUUACAAAAAUUCAAACUUCAUACAGCAAAAACUAUUAUUUCAACUGACAAUACAUCUCUUACUACAAUGGGUACUGAAAAGUUAUUGGACUUAUUUUCAUUAGAAAAUGGAGAAGAAAAAAAAUCAUCAGAAGAUCACGAUGAAUCACGAUCUGUUAAUAGUAUUCCUGGUAUUAGUAAAUCAAUUUUAGAUAUUUUACCUGAAUUGUGGGAACAACAACAGUACGAUGAUGAGUAUGAUCUUGAUUCUUUUUUAACUACCUUAAAAGGAAAUAAUCCUUAGUGUUAAUAUACUUAUUAUUUGUGAAAAUUUAAUAUUCAGACUAUAAAUUAACAUUUUAAAAAAUUCAUAAUAUCCACUUAAUUGUAAUAAUAUUAAAAUGUUU